AGUAUUGAAGCCAUGGAAAAUGCCGCAGUCUUGGAGGCAUUCAAAAAGUUUGACAAGGAUGGUGAUGGUUCUAUCACCCGUGACGAGCUGGGCAACGUUUUGAGGACCCUCGAUCCGGAAGAGUGGACUGAGCAGGAACUGGACCGCUUGCUGGGUCGGGUCGACGCGAACGGCGACGGCAAGUUGCAGGUGGAGGAGUUCCUCCGGUGGAUCUUCGCAGAGGACGGGCAGUUCGGAGAGUUUGGCAACACCUUCCAAUCCAUCAUCAUCCAGGGGAGCUCACGCGAUGAUCUCAAUGGUGAGUACAUCCAGCAGGACGACUUCUACGGUGGUCGCCCCGUGUUUUACAAUGCUGAGAAGGGAAAAUAUCUCUUCUUCAACCGAAAGCACCAGCGUUGGCAGAUCUUCGUGAGGACUAGCUGGAAAGCAAGCGCACGGUUGUACACCAAGCGGGCGCCCCACCUGGCGAGUGAAGAGCUCGCGUGGCAUGUCUACACCGGUGGGAAGUUUGUCGAAGAGCCCUCGAUGGCUGCGGUCUUGGCGCCGUCAGAUGAGUCAGAUGAGCAGAAGUGCGCCAAGGCAGCGGAAGCAGUGUACAUCAAGACCCGAUGGAGCAACGUCACGGGUGGCUACGUCAAGACUGAGAAGACCAACUACGAUAGACCUGCCUACUACAACGAGGAGGGCAACACCUGGUUGCUCUACGACGGCCGUGCCAGGGAGUGGAAGGUGUCAAGUCAGUACAGCACGAGGCAUGGUAAAUUGGUUUCUUCGUUGACUACUGAGGUCUUCUCACCGGAGCUCACCGAUUGGAAGGGCAGCACCACGGCGGUCCGCGUGGACCCCAAACGCCGGGAGGCCGACUACAGCCAGGGCGGCUGGAUCGACGAUGCCUUCCCACACACCCAGGAGAGCAUUGGCAACAGCAGGCAGUGCGAGUGGGUUCGCGCGCGCGACCUGGCGGAGAAGCCGGCGCUCUUCGACGACAUCGAGCCGGCGGAUGUGUGCCAAGGUGCUUUGGGAGAUUGCUGGCUCAUUGCUGCCAUCGCUGGGGCGGCGGAGUUCCCCAACUUCUUCCGCGACCAUCUGUUCGAGACCAAGGAGAUCAAUGAGGAUGGCAAGUAUCGGAUUCGGCUCUAUGAUUGGAUUAAAAAGAAAUGGACUGUGAUUGAGAUCGAUGACUACAUCCCUUGCAAGCCGCGGAAGUGGUACGAGCCCGUAGCUUCGACGAUCUUUUCGGAGGUGUGCAAUGAGCAGCUCUAUGUGGUUUUGAUGGAGAAGGCCUUCGCAAAGUUCGCGGGAUCUUACCAGGCCUUGAAUGGGGGCUUUUCCUUCUUAGCCUGGAUGGCCAUGACUGGCGAGACGGAUGUGAUUGGCUGGUGGAGGCAGAGGCACCAGCCCAAGUGGGACGUCACGGGGUCCCGGGGCCUCAUAGUCCGCGCGGGAUGCGACCUGCAGAGCGAGAAGUUGGGGCGACUGAGUUAUGGCGCGGUCUUUGAGGAGGUGGAGAAGUUCGGGUAUCGGAUCCAUUUCAAAAAGUUGGAGGGCGAAGGCCCUGAGGAAGGCUGGCUCUCUUGUUACAUCGGCGGCUACCAGGUGGCGAAGUGUCGGAGCCCCGCAGAGUGGAAGCAGAUGGAAGUGAACUAUGCACGAGAGAAGAUCAGCUUUGGUACGCUACGUACCUCGAGCGUGCAGGAUCGCAAAGAUCGUGAAGGCAUGUGGAAGAAGAUGCAGGAAUAUGACCGAGCCAACUUCCUCAUGGGAGCGUCUAUUCAUACGGACAGGCAUGAGCGUGAGCACCGACGCGAAGAUGGUUUGGUGGAAGCUCACGCUUACUCCGUCAUCCAUGCGGCGGAACUCAACGGUGUGCAGUUGAUUUGUUGCAGGAACCCCUGGGGCAACAAGAUGGAGUGGAACGGCCCAUGGUGUGACCAGAGCGACGAGUGGAGCGCCCAUCCGGAGAUCGCUGAAGCCUUGGGUGUCGAUGAGAAAGCUGAUGGGCUUUUCUGGAUGGAUUGGGAGAGCUUCGAGCAGACCUUCACGAUGGUAGAGAUCUGCCCAAAAGCGAUGCCUGCUGAGAGGGCCAGCUUUCACAAGUAGGAGGGCAAUUUGAUUGAUGGAGCUCUCAAGACAAGUUUAAGUGAGAGGUGUUUUCAGAAUGGAGGGACUCCACCACAUACCCUUGGAGAAAUGGU